GCAGUAGUGGGCGCUUUAAAACAAGUCUUGAGGAGGGAACAUGAAGGCUCUUGCAGGUGGACUUGAAUUGUAGUCGAGGACCGCAGCUGCUAAGUUCUCAUGGGAGGUAGCUGUGGGUUGCAUCGCCGAGGCGUUGCAGGAUGAAAAGUCGUCGUGUUCGCCAUGACUCUGAGAGCCACGCUGUUUCCAAACACAGGGUUCAAGCAGGACGCUGACACCAUCGACUUUGACAAAACGCGUUUCGGGGCCGCCACCGUGACUCCUGUGAGCCUCAAGAGGGAGUCCUGCGACUUUCUUAUAGAUGUUCAGAACGUGCAGGGGGGCGAGAUCCCGAGCAAAUCAAAGGACUUAGACCAGAAUUACAUGACAAGCAAAGUUCCCCUCGCUGCCACGGUUGCAGAACUAGUUCAAGGGGACAAUAAAACUGUGGGGAUAUUGUCCCCUGUCAGACAAAUGGGGGGUGAGGGAACCCCAGUGAAAGGUAAACCCCUCUCUGCUGACACUAUGGAUAACCCUCAGAUGGCUCUGAACAAUAACCCGAAGGAUGCCGGUGCCGACGACAGCGUCAAGGGGGUUGUCCCCGGAGUCCUUGGCACCGCAUCCAUUGAACUCUCCUCUGAGGGCAAGUGGAGGAACAUCAGGAAGACCCCCGCUAAUCCCCACACACAAGCCAACUGCCUCCGGCAGAUUCUCCUCCUCCAACUGGACCUCAUCGAACAACAGCAACAGCAGCUGCAGUCCAAGGACAAGGAGAUAGAUGAGCUCAAAGCAGACAAGGAGACACUGCUUGCACGCAUUGAGCGCAUGGAGCGCCGCCUGCAGCUCACAAGGAAGGACCCGCCGCGCGACAAGCGCCUUUUCCAGCCUCUGGAGCCGUGGACCCCCGACAAAGAGGACAUGUGGGAUCUGGAUGUGGAGGAGAAUCCACAGCCCAACCCGGCCACUCCGCUCCCUUUCAGUCGGGGUGGCAAAGGUCAAAAGAGGAAAUCCUGCUUUGGAGAUGCAAAAGUCCAGAAAUCACGAGGCAAAAGUGCCAAGCUUAGCCCCCAGAAAGCUGAGAUUCAACCAGGCUCUCCCAAUCAAAGAGAGCUGCGCAGUAAGGAAACCCCAGAGAAGACCGUUCCUAUGAGGUCGGGGGCAGAAAGGGACAUUAUGCUCCCGUGCAAAGAAGAGCCUGAGCUGAGCUGUCAGAUCGAAGAUCUGCCCUUCAUGUCUACUACUGAGAUGUACCUCUGUUGCUGGAACCAACCUCCUUUGUCCCCUCUGCGUGAGACUUCCCCUAAAAAGGAGGAAGAGGUGGCCAGUGAGUGGACUCCUCAUGUAGUACAUGAUAUGCUGAUUGUUUUUCCGUCUUGGAGGGAAAAUCACAUAGAGCCCUUGGAUGAGGACUCCUCCUUCAACCCCCCCGAGCCGCUGGACGACAACGUGUUUUUAAAACGCCACUCGAAGCUGGAGUUGGACGAGAAGAGGAGGAAAAGAUGGGACAUCCAGCGAAUCAGAGAGCAGCGCAUGUUUCAGCGUCUGCAGCAGCGAAUGAACAGGAAGAAAGUCGUCCCGGAGACCGAGCCGGAGCUUUCCUCCUUCUACCCCGACACUGAAGAUGUUGAGACUAUCGUGAUCACCCCCUUCCUGCCUGUGGUUGCGUUUGGCCGGCCGCUGCCCAAACUGUCCCAACAGAACUUCGAGCUGCCUUGGCUGGAUGACCGAAGCCGAUGUCGCAUCGAGGUUCCCAAGAAACACACGCCUCACCGGACCUGUCGGAAGUGAAACCUGUGUGGCAUUAACGGCGGAGAGGAGCAGCUCCGUGCCCAGAUUAGAAAAUGCUACGUUUGUGGGGGGGGGGGGGGGGGGGGGCGACACCAGUCGCUGUGUAUAACUGCUGUUGCUUUCGCUUUCAGUCUGUGGGAGCGUCUCAAUGCAUCACCGCAGAGCAGCUGAAGGGAGAGAGCAGCUCCUCUGGGUGUCCUUGGUAUUUUCUGUGCCACACGUCUGAUGGGGAGGUUGAAGGUUACAGUCCUCACGCUAGCAGCUGUUCCAGAUUACACGUUCGUUUGUAUGAAAACAAUGAAUGAACAGUUUGUGCAUGUUCUGGAACAUGUUAAAUACAUUUUGUAGCAGCUGUUCCAUCCAAAACAGAUUUUAACACACAAAAGUGGACUUUCUGUCACUUCUUAUGCAUCAUCAGCUGCUGGGCUGAACUGGACUCUAAUCUUGGGGGGGGUGGGGGUGGGGGAUUGAACUGUUUAUCACGAGCAAUACGGCAAUGACUUUUUGUUCUGGGUCGUCCUACCACGCUCAUUCUCCCUGCCUCGGUGGAAAAAGUCCAGAUCUGACUGUAUCGUGCUGUGUAUCGCCUGUACUGUUCGCACACAACUUCAAAUAAGAUUUUAUCAAUGUUCAGUGUGAUAUCGGGACUUUUGAGCCCCACUCAGCAUGGUUUCAUAAUAAAAAAUAGUAUUUCUAGCCAAUUCGAUGUAUGAAAAAAAAAAAAAAAUUAAGAAAGGCAACCAAAUGACUUGUUCUGUGCUGCUCUAUGAGAACAAGGCUCGGACGAUCAGACGGGUGGUGAACUGAUUCCCAGUGUUCUGUUCCCCGUUUUCUUUCUAUUAGUUAUUUUUUUAUGUGAGUUGCAUGGACUCUAUGUAGCUGUUAAAAAAAGAAAAAACAAAAAGAUGGUAGCAUGGCUUAACCCCAGAGCGGAGAAUAAUCUGCUCAUCGGGCUGCAGAAAUGACAGAAUGUAGUUGUGGAAAGCAUGACUGCGCUCAGCCUCACCAUGAGGCGAUCUGAUAAUAACACAGUACAGCUAUGAUCUUCAUUUUCGUGUUUCCAGUCCUUACAAUAUGCUUACAUCCAGUAAAUAUUAGGCAAGCUAUGUGUAUGCAUCGGUCUCUUGGGGAUGCAGUCAGCUGGCGUUCAAAGGAACCGCUUUAGACGAUAAAUAAGCUUUGUAGCUGUAGUUGUAGCGAUGUUCACCAGUAUGCUCUUCAACAUGCUGCCAGUUAAUCUCUCCCUCUCUGACUUCAUCUCAGUUUCAGUCGCUCUGUUUGAUUUCUUCCUGGCUGCGUUCGCUCGACCUGUUUCACACAUGAUGCAAUGGCUUUCUGCAGCUUCAGUACUCGGACUGCCGGCCGCGCGUGCAGGCAGAGUUUGGAAAUAACAAAGUUUUUGUUCUGUACAUAGCUCUCAGAAACAAAUGUACAUAAAACAUGGCUGUUAUUUUUUUAUUAUUUAAUGUCGGACGUGUUGAGUACAUUCAAUAUUGUUCUAUGAUUGUAUGUUGACAAAUUGACAGUUUUGAAAGUUACAUUUUUUUGGAAUAAAAUUAACAUGUCUAUGA